AUGAUUUUAUUCUCUUUAGGUUUGAGCUCAAUCAACAUCCUCCUUAUGGCCGUUAGCACGCUGGGAGCAUAUGGAAGCAUUUUUAACCUUCCAACACGUGUCUUCCAUUCCAUCUUUGGGAAUCGAAUAAUGCUUCUAAUUCUUCGGUACCGACAUCAGCGAAUGCAAGACACCCAUGAGAGGGAUAGUACUUCAAAUGUAUUUCUUACAAGUUUUGAGGAAGGGACAGACUGGGGUGUCUCUCAACACAGUGAUAUUGAGUUGGUGGAAUGUGCUGAGGGGAGAGGGGAAGAAUCCAUUACAUGA